AUGACCUCCAGCAUCAUGGUAAUUCCCUGGAGAAUCUUCAUCUGUUUCUAUUACUCUAUCAGGUUACUUUCUUCUGUUGCUCUGUGUUCCCCUAGCUCUAGGGAUGAGGUAGUGUCUGAGAGGAUCCCUGAGCUGUUGCUUGUUCCUGAGGAUGAGCCCCCUGAGCUACCUCCAGUGUUGCUAUUGCCACCAAGUGUGAGAAAUGGCUAUGCCCUCUUGCCACCCCUUCUCAAGGUGCUGUCUGACCAGAGACCUCACAGUUGGGAAGAUGAGGCCCCAAGACUCCAACCAGAUGCCAGAGCCCUGAGAUAUAUGAAGCGGCUAUAUAAGAUGUCUGCCACAAAAGAAGGGAUCCCAAAAGCCAACAAAAAUCACCUCUACAACACUGUCUGGCUCCUCACUCCAUUUGCUGAGUGCAAGCACUACCCCAAGGACCAAAUAAAAGAAGACCUUCGCUCAGUGGAUCUGCUUUUCAAUCUGGAUCGUGUUACUGCGCUGGAGCAUUUACUCAAGUCUGUCUUGCUCUACUCCUUUGACAGAUCAGUUUUUAGUUCUUCUGCCAUUACAUGCACGUGCCACUUAGCUGUUAAGGAAAAUGAUCCUUCUGGUCAAGUGUGUCCCAAUGUACCUCAGUCAAUUACUUUUAAUCUGCACUUUGAACUCAGAAGACACAAAUGGGUUGAGAUUGAUGUGACCUCUUUUCUUCAGCCUCUAAUUGCCUCUAACAAGAGGAGUAUCCAUAUGGCUGUGAAUUUCACUUGUCUGAAAGAUGAUCAACACCACAACUCUAAACAGGGAAAUUCCUUUAACACGGCAUUGGUGCCUCCUUCUCUUUUAUUGUACCUAAAUGACACCAGUGAGCAAGCUUAUCGUAGGUGGAACUCCCUUAGGCAUAGAAGGAAGAAUCCAAUGUGGUCCCGAUGGAGAAAUGAUCCACUUGCAGAUUCCAUGAAAGAAAUGGGAACAGAAAAUAUGCAGAAUAAAAGGGCAUCUCGCCACCGAAGAGAUGAUGUGAAAGAGAACCCAUCUGCUCCAACUUAUAAUUUGAGUGAAUACUUCAAACAAUUCCUGUUUCCCCAAAAUGAAUGUGAGCUUCACAACUUCCGACUAAGUUUUAGCCAACUAAAGUGGGACAAAUGGAUAAUAGCACCACACAGAUACAACCCUCAAUAUUGCAAAGGUGACUGCCCAAGGGUGGUUGGGCAUCGUUAUGGCUCUCCUGUCCAUACAAUGGUACAGAACAUCAUAUAUGAGAAAUUGGACUCCUCUGUUCCAAGGCCUUCUUGCAUUCCUGCUGAAUAUAGUCCCUUGAGUGUCUUGACAAUAGAGCCUGAUGGUUCUAUAGUCUACAAAGAAUAUGAAGAUAUGAUAGCUACUAAAUGUACUUGUCGGUAACAUUUAAACACCACUUUCCUGCUACUUAUUUCAGAAUAUUUUUCCAAUACUCUAAGCCAUCUGUAGUCUUGACCAACUGAAUGUCAUAAGUGUAAGUAACUUCUAUGAAAUAGAUAUGCUAUCAAUUUAGCAUGGAGUCCGUGGCAGGUAUCUGCAUAAUGGCAACACUUAUUUUUGUAGCCCCUUGUAACUAAUUGGAAAUAUGAAAUUAGAAAUUUAAGGAAAUUUUAC